AUGACCAACAAUAUCCUCAUCCUAGGUGCCACUCGAGGACUGGGUGCCUCACUUCGGACACUGUACUCUGGCAAAGCAUCUACCAAUGUGUUUGCAACAUCACGUUCUUCCAACCCAGAACCAAGCCAAAGAGUUACCUGGAUCACAGGCAUUGAUAUCGCUCAACCAGACGUGGGUCAAAAGCUUGUCUCGCAGCUUUCAUCUACAAAGAUCUCGACUGCCAUCAUCAGUGCGGGGUACUUUGGCUUUGAGACAUUCGAUUCUCCCGACUGGGAGAAGCAGGUCCAGAUGUAUACCACAUCUGCUAUAGGCCCUGUCUUUGUGGUGCAAAGCCUUGUAAAAGCGGGCUUGCUGGACCACGGAAGCAAAGUUAUCCUCGUCAGUAGCGAAAGUGGUAGCAUCACGUUGCGCCACGAGAAAGAAGGCGGAGGCAACUUUGGCCACCAUGCCAGUAAGGCUGCGCUCAACAUGGUCGGGAAGCUUUUGAGUCUGGACUUGAAGGAAAAGGGGAUUGCAGUUGGUCUGGUGCAUCCUGGCUUUAUGCGAACAGAGAUGACGAAGAGUGUUGGAUUCGAUAAGUACUGGGAUGCAGGUGGAGCCAUCACGCCGGAUGAAGCAGCGCAAAGGCUUGCAUCUUUCAUUGAAGAGUUUGAUAUCAGUAAAACUGGAGAGUUCUGGGCACCAGGAGGGCCAGGAGAUAUUGGCACCGCAGAGGAUGUUCUUGGGAAGAACCUGUCAACUCCCUUGCAGCUUCCAUGGUAG